UGAUUAUUCGCCGCCUACUAUGUUAUGUCCAAGUGGUUAUUGGCCAGCAAAAAUCAAUUUAACCGGUGGUCCUUAUCAAACAGAUCGAACAUUUGAAUUAUCAUUUCAUCAAUCCAAUACGGAACAAUCAUCAUCACCGAUAUGUCAAUUUUGUCCAAAUGUUGGUUGUUUCAUUGUACGUUUAUCCUCCUCCUCCUCCGCCUCAAUGGAAACAAAGAAAUAUUCCACAGGGAAUAGCGGUAAAACAACACCAAUUCAACCAGUAUCUUCUUCUACUUCUACUUCUUCAAUGAUAAUGACGACAACAUCAACAACAACAACAACUGUCAAUGAAAGUGAUAUGAAUACUGUGAACAUGACAGGAACUAAUAAUAACAGUAAUUUCAAUGAAACAAUGGAAUCAAUGAACAGUAGUAGUAGUAAUUCAACUCUCAUUCAUGAUGAUACUACUUAUUUAUACAUGUCAUGUGAUCAUUGGAAUAAUUUGCCUUCACCAACAGAGAUAAUUAGUUAUUUAGAUUGUGUUAUGAUUGGUACUAGUAAUGAACAAUUUUAUUUGUUCAUUUAUGAGCCAAGAUUUCAAGUGGAAUCAUUACCACCGGUCGAUUGUGUUGAUGCAGAUUUUUUGGCAUGGAUUAAAAAUGAUACAGAAUUGUUGGGUUUAGAAUUAGGUUUUCGAAUGAAAACAAUACCACCAUUUUUACUGCGUUAUUAUCAACAUAUAAUGCAAUCAACUCAAUAUAUAUGUCUGGAUGGAAGAAGUUUAAUUAAUCAUUCUAUACAAUUUGAAGAUACUGAACGUUUUGCUAGUAAUAAAUUAACACAAGUUGUAUUUCGUUCAUUAACUGGUCUGAAAAGAGAACGUUUACCACCGAAAUCAAUUGAUAAUUAUCAUAGAACAGCAUUUCAAAGUGAUGAAUUAGUUGAAUCAUGUCCAUUUAUUGUACAACAUAAACCAGCUAAUAUUACACCGAAUAGUGAUUGUCAAUUUUCACCAAGUG